AUGGGGCCUACUAAAGUUGCCAAAAAGAAUUCCCCUAACAAAUUCAAGUCGCCCCCCAAAAAAUCACCGAUAAAGAAAAUCAAAAAGUCUUCAAGAAAUUGGUCAGAAGAAGAACGGGAACAGCUAAUUGAGGCAGUGAAGAAUUAUCCAUGCUUGUAUGACACCACUUGUAAAACAUACAAAGACCUCACUGUUAAAACCAAUGCGAAGGUGGAAAUAUCCAAACUUUUUGAAAGUUGCAGCGCAGAAGAUGUCACAUUGCAAUGGGGAACUUUGGUGGACAAGUUCAGAAGAACAAGAAAACAGUAUAACAACGAGAAUCCUACAGGUACUUCUGCGGAAGAUUCAAUGUCUCAAUAUUCACAUUGGGAUUUAUAUCAAAGUAUGUUAUUCUUGGAAAAACAUAUCAAACAAAGAACGAGAUUUACAAAUAUGUCUUCGGCCACAGUGAGAAAUCUUGAAGCUUCAUUAGAGGAAAUAUCAAAUGAUGAUACACUGAACACCAAUAAUGACCAUCUACUUCUAAUAUCGACAAAUGAUGGUGGGGUGAUAACGCUUGAAAGUGUUUCAAAUUCGAUAUCCCAGGAAGAAAGCAUGGAUUCUUUUUCUGAGAGUGACUAUUCUCUUAUGAUGAAAGAUAACAGGAAUGAUUCCCCCAGCAACAACGAUUCGACAGAUACUUGGACAGAUAGUACAAGACAGAGAGAAGGAGAAGAUAUCAUUCGUUGGAAAAAGACAGUGAACGAGAGUGUUAAACCAAAAUCAUCUACUCCUACUCCGUCAACUUCGUCGAGUGAUUUUCUUCCUAGUUUUCCGGAGAGUCGUACAAAGCGUCAGCGUAGGUUAGCAGAGUCACAAUCAGAAAAGAGCAUCACAGCGCUGGUCUCGCAACUGAUAUCUGAUAAACCACCAACAACUUUGAUAGCCGAAAAAAAUGAGAAAGAAGUCGACGAAGUCACUAAGGAAUGGCGCAGCUAUUGCAAAGUAUAUGCAGAUAAAGUUGCAAAGAUAAAAAGUACAAGCAUCAAAAAUGAUAUCCGCUUCAAUAUGGAGCAAAUGUUGUAUGACGCAGGAAAAAAGGAGAAGGAAAAAGCUAAAAAGAAGAAGAAGAAGGAAGAGGAUAGAUUGAACAAUGUUAACACAUAGACAUGCUUUGAAAGAAAAUUGCGUCCACUGUAUACUAACUGCUCAUUAUCUGUAUUCAUUAACUCGAAAGAAUGUGAUGAACAAUAGUAAUGCAAUAAAUUCUGAAAGAAUUA